UUUAUUUUGAAGUUAUUUAAAUAUUCCGGGCGCUUUCGUGAAAUAGUACGCGAUAUUAUGCAUUCUGAAUCAGAAUUACAAAAGCUAAAGGUGGCCGAUUUGAAAAAAUUGUGCAAAGAAAAAGGCCUCAACCUCUUAGGAACUAAAAGUGAAUUGGUAUCAAGAUUGCUUGAAUUUCAGAAUGCAGAAGAAAAAAGUUCAACUCAGGUAACACCAGAGUCGAACACUCCUCAGGUAGGGCAAGUGGCGACAACAGGGAUGAAAAAUGGGACCAAGGAAGUUCAUGGAGUUGCUGCUGCUGCUGAUAUUGCUGCUGAUAUUGCUGCUGCUGAUUCUAAAAGCACUAGCAAAGCCGAUACAACAACUCCCACGCAGCCCGCCGUGUCCUCUGACUCUCAAGAACCCAGCAAACCAAAGAUCAAUAAAAUAGAGGCACCUAUUUCCGGGGAUGUGCAAGCUAAAAAUAAACUUGAACAAAGAAUAAAAAGGUUUGGAGUCGUUUCAGAAGACACUAAAAAACUUGUCAGAGCAGCGAGGUUCAAGUCUGCUGAUGCAAGUGAUAGUACAACUGGGACUGGCGACCAAAACGUUCUCAAGAAAAGGGCCGAAAGGUUCAACAUAAAAUCAAAGGCAAGCGCAGCAGCUGAUCCUGAGGUUAUAUUGAAGAGAAAGCAGAGAUUCGGAGAUGUCACUAUUGCCAGCACUUCCGCUACUACUACUACUAUUACUUCUAAGGCUGAUGAUAACGUCAUCCUGAAGAGGAAAGCAAAAUUUGGCGAUGUAAAGAAUCCAUCAACCUCUUCUGCUGCUGUUGUUGGUGGUGGUGACGUUGAUACGAAACGCCAGAAAAGGGCUGAGAGAUUUGGUCUAAAGAAAUGAGUGGCACUGAUGAUGAAGACGAUGAAGAUGCUGACAGAUGAAGAUUACGAUGAUUGGAUGAUAAUGAUGAAUGUGAUGAUGGUGAUGAUGAUUGAGUAUGAUGAUGAUGAUGAUUCAAUGAAUAUGUGAUGAUGAUGAUGAUUGAAUGAGUACGACGAUGAUGAUGAUGAUGACCAAUGGUGUCACUUGCAAUGAUGAUAAACUAGUGACCUUAACAAUGCUAAACAAUGUUUAUAUCAACCAUACCUAAUCUAACAGUUUUGUCUUAAUGUAUAUUUUUAGUUUAAUUAUAUAUUCACGCUAAUUAUUAUUAAUAAUUUUAUUAUUAUUUGUUUAAUUCAUCUUUAUUAUUAUUAUUUUAGUUAACAUUUGUAGGCAGAUAUAAUGGGUUUAUACAAUAAUAUUUGUGUCGUAAAAUAUUUAUUUAAGCUAUGUGUAAGUUGUGUUUCUGUUUCCCGCUCUUUCUCUCUUAUAUAUAUAUAUAUAUAUAUAUACUGAUAUACAUAUGUCUGUAUUGUAUGAAUUGUUGGCGUUAAUCAAUUUAAAGUUUGUCUUUUCAGUUUUUCUUACUAGAAUUUUUUGAAAAUUGUUCAGUUUGUUGAAAUAGAAUUAUCCAAGUUCAUCAUUAAAAGUUAAUGAAACUGUUGUCAUCCGAAUUCAUAACGCAGAUAAGACUUUAUUUCGAUUCUUUACAAAUUAUCUUCAGUGCAGAUUUGGCUUAUAUAGUUUGAUUAAUGCCAACAUUUCGAUAGAAUUCAUACAAUACUGUUUAAAAUAUGGCCCUCUUCCAACAUACAUGAAUGUAUAUAUGCAUACAUAUUAGAACUCGUGGAAAAUGAUGAGAAAUAAUAUGCAAAUACAGAAAGGAGUUUGAUUUCAUAAGUUUUGAAUCCGAAAUUUCAAAAGGAUGUAUCAGUAAUUCACUAAUUUCAUGAUCAUUAUGAGAAAAUUAGUCGUUCAAACUC